AUGUAGCAAGUGUAUUGGAGUGGUACAUGGGGCGAAAGCUCGUAACACUGACCUGUCAUUAUUAGGGAAAAAGGAGAAGCCAAAAAAGUUCACUAAGCAACCAAAAAAGCAGACGUCUUCACCCUGUGCUCAGAAGAAAGAAAAGGCAUUGGAGAAGUCAGCUUCUAGAGAUGUGUCUCCUUUCAUUGUGAGUAUGCAGAAGAAUAAGUGGGAUGCCACAAGAUCCUUGAGAUUCAACCAGGAUGCACAAAGAGAAGAUGAUCAGCGGCGGAUGUCUGAAAUUACAGGGCACCUAAUAAAAAUGAGAUUGGGUGAUCUGGACCGAAUCAAGUCAAAGGAAGUAAAAGAAUUUGCAGGGGGUAUUUAUUCCAGGCUUGAAGCACAAAUCAAGGCCUCAGUGCCAGUCAGUGCACGGCAAAACAGCUCAGAGAAAAACACAAGGUCUAAAAGUCGUUUUGGUCAAGGGCGUCCUGCAUAAAGCAUCUUAAAAUAUAACUAAAAAGACAGAAAGCACACUCGUGGACAUCUGAAAUCACUCACUUCUUGAAGAUCUUCAGAAUGAUGACUUCUAAGUGUUUUAAAUUGCUUGUUAUUCUUGCAAGCCACAUAAAUCAUAAUGCUAAGAGAAUAUAAUUAGGUUUUAUGAAAAUCUAAUUGUACACAUGAAACUUCUUAUAUCUAAUUUUCUUUUAGUAUGAUUUUAGGCUUUGUAGAAAGCAAUUAUUUACAAAUUGCAUAGUUAAGACUCCUAGUAUUUGUUAUCCUUUAUUUAUUUGAAAAGAGAAGAGGCCUAAAGUAUCAAGCAGCUAAGUUUUUUUUUAAGACUUUAAAAAAUUAGGAGAACACAACUGCUAGUGUUACUGUGCAUGUGCACUGAUUGUAGAAUGUCUUUUGGGCUGUAAAUCUUGGGAAUAGCAUUGAGAACUUCAAUUUGUCUGAUGGAAUUCCCAAUGAUGCCAGUUUUAAGUUUGCAUGGAUAUUAAUGAGUGACAGAUCUCAAGACUACAUUAAAUAAAGUUUCAGGGUGAGUUAUUUCAAUACUGUGUUGGGCCGAAGGGUUAAUUUUUUUUUCCAGCAUUAUUCCAUGGAAAGUACAAUGUUAAUCCAACGUUUUUUUCUUUCAGUUUUUAAUGUUUAUCUAUUGGUCAUCUGAGCUAGAGUUACUGGUUAUUGCCUCUUCCCUCUGUGAAGCUAGUGCCAUUCUGAAUUUGUUAAAAUAACCAUUGAUAGUUUUAGGAUAAUAAAUCAUUUCAGUUGUAUAAGACACAUCCCACACAGUUCUCAGGGCUCUAAAAGCCAACCAUAUUUCUACAGCCAUUCAAGUAGCCCUUAAAACAGUUAUGAGUGUUACUUACUUCAGAGAUGUCCAAAACAUUCCCAGAUGCAUUAGAUGGGUGAAAAAUUGUUUAUAUUCAAGAAAAAUCAAAAUAAAAUUCUAUUUUAUACAUCAUGUUUUAAUUUUUCUAACCAGGCAGAAAGAAUGCUCAGGGAAAAUUUGUUCCAAACCAUAAUCAUAUAAAAUAAAUUGUGUGUUUGGAAAUUAUUUAUGUGUAAGUCUCUGAAAAAAUUUUAGAGUGUACUGUUUCUAUUUUUAGUCUUUAUUUGCCUUAUAUUUGAAAUUUCUUCAAAUUAUUCAGAGAACAGACUUUGAUAAUGUGUGACAGAACAGCAAUUUUUAUUGAAAUGUUGAAGUGUUACACUCAGUUUACACGUACAGAAAUUAUUAUUUUUAAAGUGAGUGUUUUAGUUGAUAAAUGAAACUAGAUGUUAUUUGAUAUUAUAUAUAUGGCUUUGCCAAGGUUUUUGAACUUGUGUUUGGAAAUUUUGUUCCAGUUUCUAUUUGUUUUAAUUGUUUGAUACUUUGGAAAUAGGUAAAUCAUUUUUAUUUUCAGAAGAAA